AAAGACCAACAUCUUUUCUGGGGCCAUCUGGGAGACUGGGUUUCUUCUGCAACUCGAGUCCUGUCAUGACCACGUUCCUGCUUUGGAGGCUGACUACUGGGGGCACAACAGGCCUCAGAGCGUUCUUCAGGGGCCUCGCCUUUCCCACUCCUGGAAGGAAGGCGCACAUUGCUUGAAGGAGCGCAUUUUGCUUGAUUUGAUGUUAAUACAGCUGUCUUUUCUGUGGUUGUCGUUGACAGAGAAAACCCCGAGCCGGGGAUGCUGAGUCAGAUGAUCCUGAUGCACCCUGUCCCUCCUCACUCACCUGCUCUUCUGCCUCUGCAGGUUCCUCCACUGCUCGCUGAUGUGACAGCAUUCCCUCUGCCCCCUCACACUCCGUUAUCUGCAUCCUUAACCGCUGUCUUGCCACAGUGUAAGGACUGGAGUAUGUUAUCCAACGCGGAGGCCACGUACAUAAACAAAGCCAUAGCAGAUCGGAACUUGCCAGAGCUGGUAUCUGCCAUCAGGGAGACUGCGAAGAUGGCAUCCAGGACACCAGUCAACGUUGCUGUGACAGGGAACUCUGGCAAUGGCAUGUCCAGCUUCAUCAAUGCCCUUCGGAACAUAGGACAUGAGGAGGAGGCCUCAGCUCCUGUCGGGGUGCUAAAAACUACCCAAACACGUGCCUGCUAUCUAUCUCCCCACUUCCCCAACGUGGAGCUGUGGGACCUGCCUGGCACAGAGUGCGCCGCCCAAAGCCUGGAGAACUAUGCGAUGGAAAUGCAGUUCAGCCGAUAUGACUUCUUCAUCAUCAUCGCGUCUGAACAGUUCAGCAUGAAUCACGUGAUGCUUGCCCAAACCAUGGAGAACAUGAGAAAAAAGUUCUACGUUGUCUGGACCAAGCUGGACAUCGAUCUCAACACAAGUGCCCUCCCCGAAGGGCAGCUGCGGCAGAUUAUCAGGGAAAAUAUUCUGGAAAAUCUCCAGAAGCAGCAGGUGUGUGAACCCCCUAUAUUCCUCGUCUCCAGCUUUGAUCCUUUAUCAUAUGACUUCCCAAAGCUUAGAGACUCAUUGCAAAUGGAUCUCAUGAGAAUUAGAUGCGAUGAGCUCCUUCAAAACCUGUCCCAUACGUGUGAGAGAGCCGUUAAUGACAAAGUGUCCUUCCUGCAGAAGAAAAUAUCCACAGAGUCUCUCCAGGAUGCCUGUGGCAUCUCAGAUGCAGAUGACUUGGCUGCAUGUCUGAAAGCCUACCAAUUGCUGUUUGGUGUGGACGAUGAAUCUCUCUGGCAGGUGGCACAGAGAGUGGGGAGGACAUUCGCAGACUACACGAACAUCAUGAAGUCCCAUGAUGUGGAAGGUCUCAGCACGAGGAAUUGGAAACUGACUUGUAUGACUUGUACAGUCUUCAGGGCAUUCCUUGGUUUACUUAGAUGUAUCCCAUGGUUAGGUAAUCUCAUCAUCGGCUACUUUAGAGGAAAGAAACAAAGGUGUUUACUUGAGAUAGUUGCCGAGGACACCAAGGCGAUCAUAAGAAAAGUCCUGGAAGACUCCAUCAUCCCACAGUGAAAGCCAACUUGGGAAAAGCCCAGCAGGCUCUUCUGUCAGGUGGCACGAAGGACCUCCGGGAGUUCUCUUCUCAAUAGGAUACCCCUUUCUCCACUCCCAAUCAGAGAUUUCAGUUAAUAUCUUCCUCUAUUUCUUAGUGUUAUAAAUUCCUUGAAAUCAAUUACGAAAAUCGCUUAUCGUAGUAGCACAAAUCAAUGUACCAUUCAUCUGAGCAACAGUCCUGUUGUUGCUGUUGAAGUCAUUUAAUCAACUUCCCAGAAAUGCCAUAUGGAAAUCGUGCUUUCAGUUGCAAAGCUGCAUGCCUGUCCAGAUCAGUAUCUUACCCACCUGCUUCAUUAAAAUUCUUCACUGAAUCUUUCAUUCUCCCUUUUGCACUUAUUUUUCCCCUUCAUUCCACUGGAGUGAACAAGACACACUCGGUGCAGGGGUAUGUCACAGUUUUAGGGGAGCAGACAAAGAGUGUGGUUGAAACUGUACUUUGAAACUUGUUGGGUGUUGGGCCAAGUUUCCCAGGGCAACCUGCCUGCUUCAAAGGUCCUUUCCCCUCACGGCACUCUCUACCAGGUCCCUACAAAUGAUCAGUAAUUUGAAAGCCGAUAUAGGCUUCUAUCAUCCAGGUCUCGGCAGGAAGGUUAUGGCACCCUCAAACCGGGUCAUUUGGGAAGACUUUAAUAAUGAGGGUAUUUUCAAGAGUAAGGGCAUAUGGCAGGGAGACCACCAAGACAAAGUGUUGACUCCAGGGCAAGAGAUGGAGGGGAGGAGCCGUCUCCUCACUUGGACAGGCAGGUGGUGGGGCGGGUUGCUUGAAUCUGAAGGUGGUGUCUGCUAGAGAGGCCCACCUGAUAGGAGCUGUGGCCACAGUAGAGGUUUGCAACCUAACACCUGUGGCCUACCAGGGGGAGUGGAGAAGAUGAAACCCUGCCCUCACCUUCCUCCCUCCUAGGCUCCUGCAAGCGAUGUCCAUGG